AUGCCAUUCACAAAAUUCUUGCAGACAAAGAACAUCAUUAUUUAUGAAAAUCCAAGAGAAAUUGUUAUUCCCCCAAGUCAUGAUGUCGUGAUAUUCAUACUGUGUGUUGAAUCGAUCAUUGGAAUGUUAAUGCGCUACUGUCCCAGGAUCAUGUCCAUAAUUCCAUGUACAAAUAGCAAAGUACUCCAGGUGUUGUCUGUACUAAAAGGGUGUGCACAGAAGCAGAAUUGCGGUAAAGAAUGUCCAUUCAAUACCGAGCUUUUCCACAGGGAUCGUAUAUUAAAAGAAGUCAUCAGUUGUACAGGGACAGAGGAGGGGAUGGCAUCCAUUUGGCAUUCCUGGUUGAAAUCCACAUCUCUAAUCGACCAAGUGACUAAUUUCAUGUUCAAAUGGGAAUUAUAAGCUUAGACCGAAGAGUCUCGGGGA